AUGAAUAUACAUCAUGGUCAUUAAGACUCUAUUCUAAACACUUCAUUGGCUAUUAUUGUAAUAAAUAAUAAUUGAUCUAGAAUCAACAUCAUAAUACCUUUGAUAUUUUAGUAGAUGAUGAAUCUGAACAUAAGUUCUGGACUAAUAAAAGAAAAUAUCAAUUAAAAUGUCUGUUAAGAAGAAUUGCUCUUAUGCUAUAUAAUUCUGGUCCUGUUUAUUUUAGUUACAUGAUUGUGAGUCUCUAUAUUUUUAAAUUACUACGUAAAGUUGAUACAGACAAGACAUUUCGAUAAUAAUAUAUGAAGUAAUUCAUUUUAAUCUAUAUUGUAAUUAAGGUAAUACGUCUAUGAUUAUAUGCUUUGUAUUUGCAUAGCCUGUAUUUAUACAAUCUUUUUGUAUGGUCUGUUUAAUCAUUCAGGUAACUUCAAAUCCUAAACAUUAAAGAAUUGUCAGAGGUGAAUAGAGAAUAUUUUCAUUGGGCAGUUAAUUGUGUCUUAUUCAUUAUGUUAUAUGCAAUAUUCAUAACUCAAAAGGAGUUGGUUAAAAUAGAAGAAGUGGAAAUAGAAAAAGCUGUAAAAAAUUUAAUAUUAUGAUUUAGCAAUAAAUUAGAACUUAAAAAGACAAAGAAUAAAGAUAUGUGUUUUCUUUCAACUUUUCUUUCUUAUUUAGCCAACAGAAUUUCUAUAAUAUUGGUUUAGGUAGAGCACAUAUGGAUUUCAUUAGAGCUUAAGAUUCUUAAGACAAAGAUAAUCUCAACACUAUUCAAUAAUUCUCUAAAUAAGUUGAUCACAUAAUUGAUAAAGAGAAUUUAGAUCCUACUAUGAUUUACUUUAGCAUGUGUUCAGAUUUUAUAAAUAGUGAAAUAUAGGCAUCACCUAUGACUAAAAAAAGGAAAUCAAAAUUAAUUAAAGAAGUAGAGAAGGCAAAGUCUGUUUUGGAUUAUCUUUAAGAUUUAGGAUUUAAUGGUAAUAGAAGUGUAUUCUAACAUUUUCUAUUACCACAUUAUAUUUAUACUAGAAAAUAUUUAAUUCCUGAUAGAAAUUUAUAAAUCUUAGUAGUAAUAACUUUAAUCACUCUAAAAGUAUUAAUACCAAUAUUCUUUUUAUUUUGGCCUAUUCAUCCUUACACUCUCAUUUAUUCAGUUAUUUUUAUGGGAUUUUAUAUGCAUUUUUUAUCGGUUAUAUUCUAAUUAGUAUUAAAUGAUGAUCUGAAAACUAGAAAUUAUAUUUUAUAAGCUUUAAAUAAAAUUAUUACUAUAGAUAUGGAUUAAGAAAAUGCUUUACAUGAAUUAAUUGAUAUUACAUGUUCACUUAGUCUUUAGAGUUGGAAUCUUAUGAGAACAGUUGUAAUUUAUAUUGAAAAGAAAAAGAAAACUGAAUAUAAUUAUGUUUAUGGUUUUCUUGCUCUUUAUGGAGCAAUGUGUUUUGGUGGAUUUACAUUGUGCAAUUUUGAAUUACCAUUUAUGAGAGCUAUAAAUUAUUGUGAUGAUGAUGUUCUAUUAUAUAACAUUCAUGCAGAUAUAGUAUUAUCUUUUGUAAUAUGUAUGGGUAGAAUCUACCAAGGUUCUAAUUUCAAUCAGACUUUUAAUGAAAUAGAUGCAGUAAACAAUGAUAAUUACAUUAGAAUAUUCAUAAACUUACUGCAAUAUAUGAAGAUUUAUACACAUUAUUUGAUUAUUAUUUUAAGAAUAAAGAUAUAGUAGAUAAUAGAAUAUAUAGACAAGUGAUUGAAUUGAUAUACACAUAUUAAAGAAAGAGAAUGUAAAUGCCAAUAUAAAGGAAUGUUAAAAAUAAAGUAGAUAUAAUAGAAACUGAAGAAAUGGUAAUAAUGAGAGAGAAAGUAGCAGAAAUGAAAAGUUGUUUAGAAAAGAUAUAAAGUAAUGUAGAAAGAGAUGUAAAGAAAUGUCAUGAUAAAUUUAUUGGUAUAUUUGAUGCCAAUUUCAAAAAACAAAUGAGAAUUAUGAUAUUUGUUAUAAUUACAUUUGUACCAUCCUUAUCAACAAAGUAAUAUAAUAUUAAUAUUAUUAUAGAGUAUACAAAUAUCUUAGUCAGAUGAUGUGA